AUGGUUGAUAGUGAAAAUGUGAAAAAAUAUUGUCAUCACUUGCCUUUUGACUCUUGGUAUUUUGUUCCUCCGGUGGGAAAAUCAGGAGGGUUAUCUUUCGGUUACAUUGAGAAAUCAAAUGUUCAAGUUAUUAGUUCAUCUCUUAAUAUGAUCCAUAUAGUCUAUGACGUCACUCCAAGAAUUAAGAAUUGUUUGAUCUCUUUUGUAUAUGGGUCGUUGAAUAUUUCUGGUAUGCGAGCUCAAUGGAAUGUUUUAAGUAGCAUUACUGAUGAUAUUAACCGUCCCUGGAUGUUGUUAGGAGAUUUCAACUUUAUUAUGCAUGUUUCUGAAAAACAAGGAGGUAUUGCUCCUAACUCUUUAGUUCCAGAUUUCAUUAGAGCCAAAAUGUCUGAUCUUAAUCUUAAUGAAAUUUUCUCCUUUGGGAAUCAUUUUACCUGGUGUAAUAGAAGAUUCAGAAACACGAAGGAAUUGAUUUUUGAAAAACUUGAUAGAGGGUUUAUGAAUGAUAAGUGGGUUUCUUUGCUUCCUCAGACUAGGGUAACGAAUCUAGGUAGAAUUUAUUCGGAUCACAGCCCUAUCCUUGUGAAUUGUUUCCAUUUGGAGAAAAAUCUUUAUAUUCCAUACAAAAUUUUCAAAUGCUGGAAGCUGAGCCCUGAAUUUAAAGAUGUUUUGUCGAAUGCUUGGUCCAAGAGAGCUAAAGGUUCGCGUAGUUUUGUUAUGGCGGUUAAACUCUCAAAUAUCAAAGAUGACCUCCAGUAUUGGAAUGACAACUCUUUUGGUCACAUUAAGAAGACUAUUCAUAAGCUGAACUCUGAAAUUGAAAAGCUUCAACCCAUGCCACAUAAUCUAGCUCUAGUUCUCAAAGAUGUGAAGCCUAUUGUCUCUGAUGAGGUAAAUCUCUCUCUUGUGGCUAUACCAACUACGGAAGAAAUUUAUGCUACUAUCAAGGAUAUGGAGCCCUGGAAAUCUCCUGGUCCGGACGGUUUUCCGACAGGGUUUUUUCGUGAUAACUGGGACAUAAUGUCUCUUCAGGUGAUUGAUCAUAUUCAAAGUUUCUUUAAAACUAAGUUUUUGUUGCGUAAGUUAAAUUACACUUUCAGUGCUCUCAAUGCUAAGUCGGCUUUUGUUUCUAAUAGGCAGAUACAAGAUAACAUCAUUAUCAGUCAUGAAAUCUUGCACUCCUUUAAAAGAAUAAAAAAGAGGGCUAAGAAAGGAUAUAUGGUUAUUAAGCUUGAUCUGUCGAAAGCUUUCGACAGAUUAGAAUGGGUUUUUACUAUAGAAGUUUUUAGGAAACUUGGCUUUUCUGAGGACUGGUCUCAGAUUAUCUUCCAACGUAUUAGCUCGGUUUCUUUUUCUGUCCUUAUCAAAGGUUCUCCGGGUGAGUCUUUUGCUCCUUCUAGAAGUAUUCGUCAGGGGGAUUGUCUUUACCCUUAUAUAUUCAUUCUUUGCAUGGAUAUUCUUUCUCAAAUUCUGCUUAAAGCGGAAUCUGAUAACAAGAUUCAUGGUUUCAGAAUUAGGAAAAAUAGUCCUUCUAUUACUCACUUGUUUUUUGCAGAUGACUACAUGUUGUUCUCUAAGGCUUCUAUAGUUUAUGCUCGCAAUCUCAUGCAGAUUCUUAAUAAAUUUGCCAAAGCGUCAGGGAAAGCCAUUAAUUUCGACAAAUCAGGUUUCUUUACUAGUUCAAAUAUGCAUCAUAAACAUGACAAGCUUCUUUCCAGAACUUUAGGGAUCAAAUAUUUGUCUAGUUAUGAAAAAUAUUUAGGGACUCCAUUAUUCAUCAAUAGAGAUAGGACUAGAACUUUUCAAUUUUUAACUGAUAAGUUCUAUGCUAGAUUGGGAAACAUGAAAAAAACAAAUCUGAAUGUUGUUGGUCGAACAGUUGUUACCAAGCAUGUUUUGUCUAGCCUUGCAUCUUAUCACAUGUCAUGUUUUCCUUUUGCUAAAAAGCUUACUUCAAAAUUUGAUUCCAUACAAAGAUCUUUCUGGUGGUCUAAGAAAAAUCCCCGCAAAGCGGCAUAUUUUCGAUCUUGGCUUGACAUUGGAAAAUAUAAAAGUUGUGGAGAUAAAUAUUUUCCGAAUCAAAAUCUGCUUGAAAUUGAUAAAGCAGCUGAUUCCUCUUCUUGGAUUUGGAAAGGAAUAGUUAUAAGUAUUAGCUUUUUGAAAAUGAACAUUGUUAUUAAAAUAAAUAAUGGAAGAUCAACUAGGAUCUGGUCGUCUAACUGGUUGUCGUACUCAGCUGCUCCUCCAUUUUCUACUAAUCCUAAUUACCUUAAUUACACUUUUGUAUAUGAACUUAUUGAUCAACAGCAAGGUUCUUGGAAUGUUGGUCUUCUGCAUAACCUUUUCUUCCCUGAAUAUGUAGUUAAAAUUAGCACCAUUCGUCUGAAUUUACUUUGUGAAGAUAAAAUCAAAUGGGCUCAUACUAAGGAUGGAAAUUUUACUAUUAGAUCUGCAUAUAAAGUUUAUACUAAUGAUUAUUGUUCUUUUGAGGACUCUGCUUUCUGGGAAAAGGUUUGGUCAAUUAACUGUCUCCCCAAGAUUAGGUAUUUUAUGUGGAAGGUGUUUUCUCACAUGUUGCUUGUUAAUUCUACAAUCCAUGCUUAUAAUAACUCUAUAGAUUCUACUUGUCCUCUCUGCAAGAAUGACUCUAAGACAGUUCUUCAUCUCUUCUUUCUCUGCCCUGUGGUCUCUCACAUUUGGUUUGCUUUAUCUCUGCAACAUUUAAUUUCUACUGAUUUUCUGUGGCCUGAAGAUUACUUUCUUAGAUGGUUUGACAUUAGAAUUGGUCCUUCUCCUUUUCCCGUGGGAUGGCUUAGCAUUGGGUCAAUUGUUAUGUGGUUCAUUUGGAAGCUGAGAUGUGAAAUGGUAUUUCAAAAUGUUUCCAUUAAUUUUGAUAAAGUCAUUCUUAAUAGUAGAAGAAUGAUGAACACUUAUAUAACUCCUCCUACUGAGAUAAUUUGUAGGAAGGAGGUUAAAAAUUCUAGAACUGAUGUUAGACAUAUUCUCUUCUUGGAUGGUUCUUUUAAAAAUUUUAAUAUGGGAGUUGGUCUGAUUCUUUGUGAUGUUACAGGAAGAAUAGAAUGCUCUCGUUCGUAUUUUGGGCUAGUUCAGGAUGCAGUUUCUGCGGAAGCUACUGCAUUAAUUUUGGCGAUUUCCUGA